CUCUCCCCUGCUACGCGCUACAAGCUCAAUCCCGUACGAUGACUGCCCUACGCCGGAUCCAAAAGGAACUCGCGGAUCUCAACAACAAACCCAUCUCCGGUCUGACCGUUGAGCCGCUCGAAGGCAACCUGUUCGAGUGGAGGUGCUCGAUCAAAGCAGCACCCGACAGCCCGUACCGAGACGGCACGUUCCGCUUCAAGCUCGUCCUCCCGGACAACUUCCCCUUCAAAGCCCCGUCGGUCACGUUCCUGACCAAGAUCUACCACCCGGGCAUCAACGAGGAGGGCUCUAUCUGUGUCCCGCUCCUUCGCGACGAGUGGAAACCUUCCGUCACGCUCUCGACCGUUCUCUCAGUCGUCCAAGAGAAGCUGAACAACCCAAGCCCGGACGACCCGUACGAACCCGACAUCGCCGCGCUCCUCAAGAACGACAAACCGGCGUUCGAAGCGACGGCGCGCGAAUGGACGAAGAAAUACGCCACGUAGUCUGUGUUCAACGAUCCCGAUGGGCCGCCGAACGGAAAAAACCCAUAUAUUGUACCAACGCGAACGACUCCAGUGCCCGCCUUGUAACUUGCAUAUCGCAACCCCGGAGAAAUAAAAACAGAAACUGCCAUCACCAUCAC